AUGGAUGACCAGGACAAUGAUUUUAAAGAGUUGUGGGCAAAUAUUUUGGGUAGAGCGAAGAAAAAAGCUGGGGAAGCUGAGGCGUCAAAGAAGGCUCAGAACAGGUCAAAAAGCACUUCAGCAAGAGGCAAAUUAAAAAGAGGCAAAGCUGCUGCCAAAAGACAAAACCACCAUCACUUACCAGCAGUGAAGGAAACAAACUUUCCUCGAGAUUUGAGUCCAAAGGAACGAACAUCAGUGCACAAAGAAGGUGGUGAUGCUGUGGCCCACAGUAGUGGUGAGACUGCACAAGGGGAUGGAAGGAGAAGCCCUUUCCCUGCCAGCCAGCUGAGUUCAGGGGCUAGUGAGUGCAGCCAGAGGACUCUGACAGUAAAUACUUUGAGUGGCUCUUCCCAAGCUACCUUGUCCUUCCACCCUGCUACACAGCCAGGGAUCUGCUCUUCACCCACCUCAAAGGUACCAGCACUCGCUGGGUCAAAACUGCGGGUGGCAGAGCUGGUGGUGGAGAGAAUGCAGCAGUUCAAGAGAGCGGCACCUGAGCAGCUAAAACACAACACAGAGGAGAGUUUGGCAAAGCCUGCAGCCAGCAGGGAUUUCCCUGAUGAAAGCCAGGAGCAGAAUACAGCAGAGAGGGAUACCCACUGCCUUCCAUCCGUGGAGCAUGACAGUGCUCUGGCUUUGGCUCUUGAGCAGCAAACCAAAGAGGAAGCCCUGGCAAGCCUGGAGGAUGAAGGCUUGUUUUUCUGUCAGAUUUGCCAGAAGGAUCUCUCAGCCAUGAACACAACCCGACGAGAGCAGCAUGUUAACAGGUGUCUGGACCAGAUGGAAGAAGCACAGAUGUCAUCCUCCAGCAAACCAGUGGUCCCUGAAUGUCCCAUCUGUGGCAAGCAGUUCCAAACCCCCCAGAGCCGACUCAGUCACUUGAAACGCUGUGCUGUCGAGAUGGAGGUUCCUCCUAAGCUACUGCUUCAGGCAGUGCAGCUGCAGGUGUCCACACUUGGUGAUGCACCUCCUCAGUUUCCACACAAUCAGCCGAGCAGGCCAAAGCGAAAGGCUUCCUGCAAAGAGGACUCAAAGACAAUGCAGAAGAAGGCCAAAAUGGAGACUAAAGAUGAAGAUUUGCUGGUUGCUAUGGCAAUGUCACGCUCUCUGGCAGAGCAAGAAAAGCAGGAACAGGCAAAAUCAGUUACAAAUGUGAAACCAGUGGCUGCUUUCCCAAUCAAAUGGAAGCCAGGAUCAGAAAAAAAGCGGCGUAAAAGAGGCCCAGCAGCACCUCCUCCCUUGCUGCUCCAGGACCCGGAGAAGGUGCACAAGAGGAUCCAAGAGCGUGUAGCUAUGCUGCUUGCAGAGGGGGUAGAAUUCCCUCCCACUCCUCAACUUCCCACUAGUAGGAUUUUGGAGAAUGAAUCUGGGAAAGCAUCCUGGCUCCUGCCGCUGUCCGAAACCAAGGAGUGCUUUUUAUGGAAUAUCAGUGCUCUGACAGGACCUCACAGCCCUGAGUCAUUCUACACUGCUGCAUUAACCCCUCCAAUUGUGCCUUGGAAGCCUGUGCAGAAUCAUAAACCAGAGAACCUUCUGCCGUCAGUGGGAUCUGAUCAGCCAGAAGUGUCCCAGCAAGUCCAACCUGACCUCAGUUCUCAAGAGCCCACUUGCACAGAGGCUGGAGGCCAGAUCUCUGAUGAAGCCAAGACAGGCCCUGAAGGAGAUGGGCAGUUUUUAUCUCACAGCCAGAGGGAUGCUCAGACCCUGCAGGAUCUAGUUGAGUUGGCCAGAGAAGGACUUACCCUUACUCAGUGGAAGCUUGAUGCUGCCCACAUUCGGGCAGCAGAGCAGCCUGGAAAAGAACUGACUUCCAGUGAGAUUCCAUGUAGUGGCUUUGUGCCCCCAUCCAAAGAGAAGAACCUCCUGUCGAGCAGCUGUAAAAGAUCCCCUCUGAAGUUGCUGGCUGAAGAGUUUGGUGCAAUGGUCAACAACCCCCACUUAAGUGAUGUCCAGUUUCAGGUGGACUCUGGGGAAGUCCUUUAUGCCCACAUGUUUGUGUUGUAUGCACGGUGUCCACAGGCUGUUCAGGUGGUUCACAGCGAAGGGUUCUUGGUGGAGGAGGAUGGGAACGCGCAGACAUGCAGGGUGCUGCUGAGCGAGGUGACAGCAGAGGCAGUUUGUGCCUUCCUGCAGUACCUCUAUGCUGCUGAUGCUGCCAUCCCUGCUGGGCUACUGCCCCAGGUCAGGGCUCUGGCUGCCAGGUUUGAUGUGAGGGACCUAAUGGCAAUGUGUGAGAACAACGCUGGAGAGAGUCAGAUGUCUUCUGGAGUGGAUUCGGAAGAUGAUCUUAUCUCUGUGAGGGAUGACAAUGAUUGUGAGGACAGAGCUGAGAAUUUCCAAGACCUCUUGAAGUCAGUAUGGGUGGGUGAAUGUGAGGAUGAAGAACCAAUGCUGAGCCCUGAAUGCCAGAGGGAAGAUGACAAUGGGGUGGGUGAACAGGAGCUGGAAGAAAUCUAUGAGUUUGCUGCAACUCAGAGAAAGAUGGCUCAAGGUGAAACAAAAGUGAAUGAGGAAACAGACUCCAGCAUCUGCAGUGAUACUGAGACAGCCCAAGGUACAAGCCAGCAAACUAAGGAGGAAGAGGUGAAGAGAUCUGAAUCUGCUUUGGUAAGCAACAGCUCCAAAGAUGACAAUGAUGUGGAAAGAUCUCAAUGUGACUUGUCUUCACAAGAAAAGAAAAUGCAGAACAUAAAUAGGAGCAGUAGCAUGAGUGAUCCACAGACCACUUUUGUGCCUCACCACACUGAACCUGGGAAAUGGGACAGAGCAUGCCAUGGUGCCACUGCUAAUGAAGGAGAGCCUGCUAGGAGAUGUGAGGAUGUGAAGGAUUCCAAGUCAUCUCAGGUCUCACGUGAUGAGGCAGAUCACUGUGAAAAAGACUUUCCUGGCUUCCAGGGUGAUACUAAUAGAAAUGGAAGUUAUGAACCCUUGUUUUCUGUAACUCAGAUUGAUUACUGUGAGCCUUCCCCAGUGAAAGAAGUUGCCAAAGAAUCAGGAAAGGCUCCUAGUGAAAACCAUGUUGAUGUUAAUGAUUUACUUCUCUCCAGCAAGUCACAAAAAGACUUCUCUCCAUGUAGGAAUGAUUUUUAUGGGAGUCCUCCUCCCAAACCUUACAUACCCAUUUUCCCUGCGGUUGGUUCCUCACCUGCAACUCCAGCGUCAGAGAGAAAGUUUGCCAGAGCAGAUGCGUCAACACCAGAGCAAAGUAAAGUGGAAAUACCAUUCCCAUCAGAUGAAAUGCACUUGCAGAAAGCCAACGACCUGGAUACUGCAUCAAGAAAGGAGAAACCAGUUUCUUCAGCAGAGCUUCCCCAUAUUGUUUUUAAUAAGCAUACAGAUGUCCCAGUGUUGUCAUCACCAGUCAGCAGAGCUCAGGGUGCUGCAGCUCAGAGGAACAAGGAGGGUGAUGUUAUUGUUUUAUCUUCUGAAGAUGAAAUGGAGUUAGAACAAGACGAGAGAUCACCAGAGUCAAGCUCUGCUCUGAAAAAUACAGAAGUCCCUGAGCAGCUGAAAUCUACAAACAUAGAACAAGGUCCUGAGAUAUCAGAACCUGAACAUAACUCAUCAGUCACUGAAACAGACCAGAGAUCAACUCAGGUCUCAUGUGGCAUUACAGCUACAGUGCAGAUAAGUAAUUGUGUAAAGAUGUCCACUGAAUUGUCUCUCAGCAGACAAACAGAUGCUUGUAUGGAGAGCAAACAGAGUCCGGACCUGAGCCCUGAAGAAAGGCUUGAUCAUGAAAUGUCUUCAAGGACAGACAGCUCCUGGCUAGUGCCAGACACACCGGCUCUGAGCAAAAACAGAAGUUUCUCAACACAGACUGAGGUCUCAAGUAUUCAUUCUAUAAAGGGUCCAGGAUAUAAACUCAGCACAAAGGACUUGGCAGCAGGUAGUAUUAAACAUGAAAUGACUGGGGAUUUAAUAGAAGUUGGUGAAGUGUCAUCGUCAGACAAACAUCUGCCUGUAGAGAACUUGGUUGGUGUAAGCAGCCUGCCCAGCAGCCCAGCAGCAGGAUCAGUUCCCCAGUACUCCCCAGCAGUUUCUCCAGUGAACACAGCUCUCCUCUCCCCUGGCCACACCAACACACAAAGCAAACGUGCAAAAGCAAAGAUGUCACUUUUAUCCAACUCUGUGCCUCUGUGCCAUGAGCAGUCCUUGGAAGAUCAAACAAACAUCAGUGUGGUUGUGGUAGAGGACAGUGAAAAGGAAGUGAGUUUGCCCUCUGUGAGCAGCAGCGUCCUGCUUUGCAACGAGCCCCCACUCCCCAUGGAGGACUGCUGGCAUGUUGAGGAUCUGUCACCAGUCAGAGGUGGCAGCCUGGAGCCCAACCAGGGCAGCCAUGCAAAGACCAGUACUGCCAGCAGCCCCAGGCCUGGCUCUUGGCAUGACCACUGGGAGAGCCCAGGUCAUGUGCAGGAGAUUAAGGGCAGUACCCCUCUUCAAAGAAGUCCUGCUGGCAGAACUACUUUGCUCUCUCCUGGAAAGAGUCCUAUUGAGGGAUGUUCGUCAGUGGGUGGUAGACCAAGUUAUCUGAACUCCAAAAUCUGGGAUGACUGGAAUGGAGAAGAGGAAGAUAACUUUCCAGAGGUCCUUCCUCUGUCUCAGAGGUUGACAGCUGCAGCAGGUGCCUGUUGGACAGACCCUGUAAAGACUCCUGAACCUUCCUGUCAGGAGAAUGAGAAUUCUCCCAGCACUCCAAUGACACCAAUGCCAGCUUACUCCAUCAUGGAGACCCCACAACUGAAGAAGGAGUUGAGCAGAUUUGGAGUCCGUGCUCUCCCCAAACGCCAGAUGGUGUUGAAGCUGAAGGAGAUAUUCCACUAUACCCACCAGGACGUGGACUCUGACUUCGAGGAUGGAGUCCCCUUGUCCCAGCCUCCCCCAAAGAAGUCCCCAGCCAAGCGCUGUCGGCAGUCCAAGGCAGGGCAGGCUGCAGGUGGAAAGCGUGCUGGUGCCUCCAGGGCUGUGGGCAAAAGGAAGCAGGUUGCUACAGCUUCUUCAGAGGUCCCUGUAGGGAUGGAUGGUGAUGACCGUGUUGGAGCCAGUGAAAGAGACUGUGCGGCACCCAAGGAGAGAAGUAAAAUGCCGUGUCACCCAGAAGGAGCUAAAGAGCAGGAAAGGUUGUCUGUGUCUCCAGAGAGAUGGUCUCUGGAAGAUGAUGGUGAGGAACCGAUGCCCUCAUCUCAGCAGUCCACAGUUUCUUCACUCAGUGGAAGUGACAUCUCUUUUGGUUCACAGAGUUCUUGGAUGAAUGGAUUUGAAACCUGUGCUUUCGCAUCAGAGGAGGAGGAAGAGGAAGAAGAGUUCUCAGCCUCCCAGGCAGCUGCUCGGGAAGAGGAAAAGCUGGAGGCAGUGAGGUGCUACAUCCGUUCAAACACAGCCCUGUACCACAAGGUUCUCUUCUAUGAACCAAUCGAGCUGGCUGAGCUGCACACAGAGCUGAAACAGAACGGCAUUAAAAUCUCCAGGGCGAAGCUGCUGGAUUUCUUGGAUGCUCAGUGCAUCACCUUUACUACAGCCAAAGCUCGGAAAGAGAAGGAACAGAAAAGAAAGGGGAACAAAAAACAGAGGAGACGAUACUGA